AGAGAGGAAUAAAUCGGAUGGGACUGCACAAAUUCGAGUGUGCAAAAUAUGUUUGGGGUCCACUCUGACUUGAAAGCUGAAAACGUGCCCUAAGAUCUGAGAUGUUGGUGAAAAACGGCAGCAAACAGCUCGACUUGCUCCAUGUAAAUUCAUUUGAGACCCAAUCAAGUUGUGGAACGACGUUGUCGUGGUCGGAACUGGUGCGCUCCACGCACCGUUGUAUAUACGUAAAGUAUUUUAGACUUGUGUAAUUUUUGGCACAACUUGUUCGAAAUCUCAAAACCUGUAUUAAGCAAUAUAAGUGAAGGUAUAGUGAAUGAAAUAUAGUGAAGAAGGAGAACCUUAAGUUCUAAAAGUGAAAGAAGACGUGUCGUCUUACCAACGUGAAUAUCCGGUCCUACUAGAGUUGAUCAGGUGUUUUAGACACGAUAUUGCUAAGCCUCCAUUCAAUAUUUGAUUUAUUUGACACCGAGCACGUGCUUUUCUGCAUACUUUGUUCACACAGUUUUCAUGUGCUUAGCAUUGUCAACCCGCAUACAUAAGAACUGUGAAUUUACAUUACGGAGAGAGAGAAGACCGACGUCGUCUUAAGUGUUAAAAUAACAUCAAAAAAACAAAAUGCAGUCUAACGUGGAGUGCAAUUUGCCCACACCAGAGUCAACAACUCCUACGUCAUGCUCGGAGUCAAAUGGCGUUGAACUAGAAAAACGGAACGCAUAUAACAAGAGAGCUGGACGCGGCCAAGUACUUAGUGGACUAACACAUGAAUGUGGGGUAUUUGGGGCCAUAGCAUGCGGCGAUUGGCCUACGCAAGUUGAUAUUGCACAAGUUAUCUGCUUGGGACUUGUCGCAUUACAGCACCGAGGUCAAGAGUCAGCGGGUAUAGUAACAUCAGCUGGAAAAUGUGCAAAAAACUUCAAUGUUCACAAAGGAAUGGGAAUGAUCAAUAAUAUUUUUACGGACGAUUCAAUAAAAAAGCUGAAGGGUAAUUUGGGUAUUGGUCAUACCCGAUAUUCAACGGCAGCUGCUUCUGAAGCAGUUAAUUGUCAGCCCUUUGUAGUGCAUACUCAACAUGGUGCCUUAGCAAUCGGUCAUAAUGGCGAACUGGUCAAUUGCGACAGUUUGCGAAGAAAUGUAUUAGAAAGAGGAGUAGGAUUAUCGACACACAGCGACUCGGAACUGAUCACACAAGCAUUGUGCUUGAAUCCACCAGAAGGAGAAAGAGAUGGUCCGGAUUGGCCAGCCAGAAUAAGGCACUUCAUGCAACUUGCCCCCAUGUCGUACUCUUUAGUUAUAAUGUUAAAAGACAAAAUUUACGGAGUUAGAGACCCGUAUGGAAAUCGUCCACUAUGCAUCGGGAAAAUCGUCCCACUAGAUCUAGGAAAUCAAACGCCUGAGGAAGUACCAGCCGACGGAUGGGUAAUCUCAAGUGAAAGUUGUGGAUUUCUAUCUAUUGGAGCUCGUUAUAUGCGAGAAGUCGAACCUGGUGAAAUUGUAGAGAUGACACGCAACGGAAUACGUACCAUUGACAUAGUUGAAAGGCCCGAACAAAAGAAACAGGCAUUUUGUAUUUUUGAAUACGUUUACUUUGCAAGAAGUGACUCGAUAUUCGAAGGACAAAUGGUGUACUCUGUCCGAAUGGAAUGUGGUCGGCAAUUGGCACGCGAGGCACUCGUUAAUGCUGACAUGGUGAGCUCAGUUCCAGAAUCUGGAACAGCCGCGGCACAUGGAUAUGCCAGAGAAUCGGGACUACACUUUGCUGAAGUUCUAUGCAAAAAUCGUUAUGUGGGAAGAACAUUCAUUCAACCAUCGCCCAGAUUACGACAAUUAGGAGUAGCGAAGAAAUUCGGAGCCUUAUCUGAGAAUGUAAAAGGAAAACGACUCGUUCUAAUUGAUGAUUCCAUUGUGCGAGGGAAUACUAUUGGACCCAUCAUCAGAUUGUUACGAGACGCCGGUGCAUCGGAAGUCCACAUCAGAAUAGCCAGUCCACCUCUUCUAUAUCCAUGUUAUAUGGGAAUAAAUAUUCCAACGCGAGAGGAAUUAAUCGCAAACCAAUUGGAUGCAGAUCAGUUAGCUAAACAUGUCGGCGCUGAUAGUCUGGCGUAUCUUAGUGUAGAAGGGCUUGUUCAAGCCGUUCAACGUAAUUUAAAAAGCGCCAAUCCAACUCAAGUGGGACAUUGCACAGCAUGCCUUACAGGCGAAUAUCCCGGUGGUGUUCCUCAGGAAUUAAGCUGGUGAACAAUUUACUUUAAGUUAGAAACGUAGGAAAAUAACAUCUCAUAUCACUAUCCUUUUUUUUAUUAUUUCUAAUAAAUUAAUUUUUUCGUGGAA